UUUUGCUAUCGACAUGGACCGAAUGCACGUCGACCUCCGGCACCCUCAGCCGAUAUUGUAUCACUCAAUGAAUUCAUCAUUCCGAAACUCUUUGUUCGACUCUUUCUCUUUUUCCGUGGUUGGAAGAGGAAUUACAAUCUAAAAAAUGAGCAUUUGAGCGAAGAAACCUUCAGUAAUCAGCUUGUUCAUCGUGCACACAUUCUGAUCGAACUCAUCCAG